AUGGACGAAUACGACUUCAUCAUCGUCGGCGGGGGUACCGCUGGGUGUGUACUCGCCAACAGGCUCAGCGAGAUCUCCCAUCUCCACAUUCUCGUGCUUGAAGCCGGGGAGAACCGCAACGAUGAUCCCCUCGUCAGGAUUCCCGGCCACGUUGGCUCACUUCAAGGCCGACCCGAGUACGAUUGGGGAUACGAAACGGUGCCUCAGCCUGGACUCGGAGGCAGAGUCAUCAACCAUCCUCGAGGGCGACUACUCGGCGGCAGCAGCGCGAUCAACUCGUUUGCCCUGCUUUACCCGUCCAAGGCAUUUUUUGACGCCUGGGCGGAUCUCGGUAACCAUGGCUGGGACUGGGAAGGGGUAGGUAAGUACCUGCUCAGAUUCCAGACGAUUCAUUCGGAGAACGAAACCAUUGGCAAUGGACCCAUUCACGCAUCGUAUCCGAGUGAACGACUCCCGCUGCGGGCCGCGUGGCUGGACACGUUUCGACCGUAUGGAUUGACGUCGUCCUCCUCCUCCUCGUUUGAUGGGACCGCGAUUGGGGGCUUGAUCACGACGAACCACAUUUCCCAGGAGCAAGAACGAAGCCAUGCAGGGGUAGCAUACUUUGCACCCGUCCAAGAUCGACCCAAUGUGACCCUGCUCGAUCGCAGUGUGGUGAGUCGGAUCAACUUUGACUCAGGAGGUCGUCGUCGCGCGACGGGCGUAUCGUACGUACGCGACGGGAUAGAGCACGAGGUCAGGACGAGAAACGAGGUGGUGCUCGCAGCAGGAACGUUUGCGACGCCUCAGCUGCUCGAAGUGUCCGGUAUCGGCGGAGCAGAGCUGCUUCAUGGUCUCGGGAUCGAGGUGAUCUAUGACAACCCCAACGUUGGGGAAAAUCUACAGGACCACAUGCGCCCCCUGUUGUCGUUCGAGGCGCUGGACCCGGGCGAUGGCAUGAGUGAGCAAGAGGCAGAGGCGAUGUACGAGACGUCGAGACGGGGACCAUGGACGUGGGCGGCGUGUACGUUUGCGUACAUGCCUUUGAUCCCGUUCUUGUCAGAGACUGAGCGGGUGGAUCUGGAACGCUUGGUGGAUCAACACCUGAUGAUGACGAUUGGAAAGACGACCCCAUUCGAGCAAAAGCGCAACGCCUUCCUCCGAACCAUGAUCCUGUCACCCGACGAGGCCAGUGCGACUGCCCUUCAGACACGACGGCGCCCGGCGGAGGACAACGAUGACCGACACUGGAUCACGUUUGCCUCCAUGUUAUCCCACACGCUCUCCCGAGGCAGCGUUCAUAUCACCUCUCGGGACGUGACGAUCAAGCCCGCGAUCGAUCCAAAGUACUACAGCGACGACUUUGACCUGGAACUGCAUGCACGACACGUUCAAAUACUCCUCAAACUAGCCCACAGUGGACCCUAUCUACCCUACUACAAGCCCCAUGGUGCCGUCCUCCCCGCUCGCUCCCUUCAGCCGAGUCUUUCCGAGGCGAAAGCGCUCGUCCGAGACAAUGCUAGCACCAAUUAUCACCCUUGUGGAACCUGCAGCAUGAUGCCCGAGUCGCUGGGUGGUGUGGUCGACGACAAGCUCUUGGUGUAUGGCACGAGCAACGUCCGGGUGGUCGAUGCCAGUAUCAUGCCCAUCAUCCCUCGAGGCAAUAUCAUCACCACGGUCUAUGCGGUGGCGGAAAAGGCGGCAGACAUCAUCAAAGGGUGCUAUGGUGUGUAG